GUUUCUAUUGGAUGAAGUUGAUGCCAUUUGAAAUCUUGAUUUUCGAGAAGUGCGAAGCCGUUCGUAUAGCGCGAUUUUCAAAAUGGCGACUGAGAUGGAUGAAGAGAUCGAUCGAGAUUAUUCUCCUUUACCAACUGUAAAUGAAAGGCUGGGACACUUAAGGCCUUCCAAGGAACUUUUAGAGUACUACAGAAGGAAGAUUGCUGAAUAUGAUGGCGAACAUGAGGAAAUGCUAAAGAAAAUGGAACGUUACAAAUGCACAUACGAAGAACAACAUAAGACGCAAUGGGAACUACGGCAAAGAGAAGAAGAAAUUGCAGAGCUUCAAAAAGCGUUGAGCGACAUGCAAGUGUAUCUUUUCCAAGAGAGAGAACACGUACUUCGACUGUACGCCGAGAACGACAGGUUAAAAAUACGCGAGCUUGAAGACAGAAAGAAAAUACAACAUCUUUUGAGUUUAUCUAGGGGUGGCGAAGCAGAGAUAACUUAUUUUCACCGACAACCCCCUGCAAAAGUAAUCAUUCCUGAACGCAAACCAGAAAUGAUUCAUACUGACAAGACAAGAGAAGCUAUGGAUGGUCGUGGGCCAGGAGGACAUAAAUAUGGUGUAGGUAGAAAGGUAGGAGCAAAAGAUGCAGCAGGCAACAUUAGACCACCCCCUCGCAGCCCAACAAACAAACAAGACAACCAAACACUACUUCUUCAAAUAGAAUCACUUCAAGCACAACUUGAAGAACAAACCCGAACAGCUAAAGAGCAAGUCGAUGCUCUCCUUGAAGAUCGCCGAGUACGCAUGGAGGAACAGAAUGCUCAGAGAGAACGUGAUUCGGAUAAAAUCAAAACACUACAGGACAAGCUUCAUGAGACACAGAACUUACUUUACGAAAGCACUAAAGAUUUCUUAGAACUAAAAUAUGAGCUCAGAGCAAAGGAGCGCCAUUGGAUGGUUGAAAGGGACCAGUUUAUUAAGGAUAUUGAGAAUUUACGAGAACAACUUGAUAUAUCUGAAGUGAGUAGCCUAUUAGAUGUGUCUGGAGAGGUACUUGAGCCUCGGCAAGCACAACUCUAUGCUGUUCAUUCAUUAAAAAAUCAGUUAGAACAAUCUCAGAAGCUUGCAGAAAUGUACCGAGAACAAUGUAUUGGCCUAGAGGAAGAGCUAUCGAGAAUAAGAGAAAAAAGUGAUGUUAGUAAGGAAGUCUUCAAGGAAAGAAGUGAAAAAAUGGGUAAGAGACUGACCUUGAUGAACCAGAGAUAUGAAGCACUGGAGAAACGAAGGGCUUUGGAAGUGGAGGGCUUCAAGAGUGACAUAAAAAUGCUGAGAAGUAAGCUGAAAAACAUUGAAAAACAGCUCUUCAAGGUGACUGUGAACAUCGGUGAUGACUACGAUGAACAAGUCCUCCAUAAUGUAAGAAAAACAGCUGGAAGAUCUAAGAAGCUUGUCGGUGAACUCCACAACUUGAAAGCAAAGAUCUACUCCCUGGAAAAUGAUAUCAGACAUAUGGGAUGAUGGCUGACCCAUUACGGCAUGACUUUCUACUCCCUGGAGAAUGAUAUCAGACAUAUGGGAUGAUGGCUGGCCCAUUACGGCAUGACUUUCAAUGACAUGUGAAAUGUACAAUUUGCUCUCCAGGGCCGUAACUAGGGGUGCAUAGGGUGCACGUGCACCCCCCAUCCCCCCCAUAAAAGCUUAAGGUCCGCUCAUCCAUCUCCUUUUUUUUUGGUUCUGCUUUCUUAAAAGAAACGAUCAAUGGUCCUAUUUUAUUCGAUGUGCACCUUCCCUGUAAAAGUUCUGGUUACGGCCCUGCUCUCCACAUGACUCAAAACCCCUUGACAUAUAAAUAACAAUGGAACAGCCGCCAUGCUGGUUGAUCUAACAAGAGAUGAGAAAUGCUUUGUUAUCGUCAACCAACAUGGCGGCUAUGACGUAACGUGCACCCUAACAAUUGUAUCAGAAGCGUAGUUUCAAUACUCCUUUUUACAGCUCCGUUCAGUUACCACGAGUAAUAGUUGCAAGCCUAGGUUGGAGCUGCCACGCAUGAUAAACUAUAGUCCUACUAUUUUCGGCUGCUCCAACCUCGACUUGGAACUAUUAUUCGUGGUCACUGAACGGAACUUUAAAAUGGAGUAUUUAGCAACCUUAUGAAACAGCCUUCCCCUGAUAUAUGAAGAACGGGUUCCCUUCUAAUAUUUAUGCGUAAAAUUGGUAAAUAUUUUUGAUAACACAGGCUCACACACGACAUUCAUGGAAAUCAGUAUUUUUAUUGAAGUGUAUACAUGUAAUAAUGAUUUUUAGUAAAAAUACGCCGUUGAUUAUGGAAAA